AUGACUACGGGCAUUUAUUUCCUAAUCCUGUUAAUCUUUUUCUAUGCCUACCUGAGUUACCUGCUAUACCAACUGCUAAUAAGAAACGGAAAAGUUUCGCCAGUAGCCUCCGCCAAUUUGACGGGGGAGAAGACUAGGAAUUUUUUGUUCGUUUUUUUAUUUUUCUGUCACAUAAGCAGAAUAAUAUCCCUUACAAUUUUGACCUACCUGGACAUACGCUAUUACGUGAUUGACUACAACACACUGUUGUUAUUUCCCAACUUUUAUUUCUAUUUAAUCAUACUGAAAGCCAUUCCCACGUAUUUUUUCUUGUCAUCUUUCACGAUUAUAAUACUUUUUUGGUCCCAAGUUUACUAUGCGUCUAUAUUAGUGUCCGCUCCGCACUUACAGUCGCUGUACAUUUUCCUCAAUGGCCUUGUGUACGCAGUAAAUAUCGUUUUGGCUAGCUUGAGCUAUUUCACCCAGGCAUUCUACAACUACAUUUAUUACAACUACAUCCUGGAGUCCAUAAUAGAUUACAUAAUAGCCAUAGCAUUCCUCUACUAUGGAGUUAAGGUGACGAAGAAACUGGAAGAAAAGAGCAAAGGAAUUUCAAAAAGCAACAGUAUCAUAAAAAGGAUACUCUCUUUGGCUAUUAUUAUGUUUGUCAUUUUGGCCCUGAAGGGAUUAUAUUCCUUCUGGUGUUUCGUUAAGGAUGCGAACUUUUACAACUCCUACUUGGAUUUACCCACUUGCGACGCGAUAUCUUAUUUCAUCUCAGAAUGCAUCCCGUCGCUCCUCAUCAUUUACACCUUUCAAUCCAAUAAGGACAAAAACGUACGGAAGGAAAAUUACUGGCGUUUGCAAGACUCGAUGAACUUCGAGUACACCACUCCUCUUUGUUCAGACACAUUCGACCCGUAUAAUUUAAAAUUCAAGAAGAAAAAGACAAAGAAGAAAACGAAUGUGUAG